AUGAAGUGUAUUACCAGCGUUCCUCAGCUUCCUCCUUGGUCGAAGCCUGCUGCUGCUUCUCGCGUUCACCAAGUCGCACGCGAGUCUCAGUUCCUCACACCAGGCUUAGCCAUGGCGCACGCUGUCGCUGCCUCCUCUUUCACCGCGGCUCUGGCCCCGUCCUCCGGGUCCUUCGCCGCUGCCGUGCAGAGGAAGACCGUGACUUUGAGGACCGUCCCGUGCGGAGCGGUCAGGCGGUGCAAUGUCACCGCGAGCCUUUCCCCGAUUGAGAAGCAGUUCUCCGCGGAAGAGAUUCUUUCCAACGUUGACACUCAGAAGACCGUCGCUGCUUCCAUGGCCGGUUCCCUCUUUGCCCUCCUUUCCAACGUCGGUUCCGCCGCCGCUGUUCAGGAAAUCGCCACGAUCGCUGACUCGGACAACCGCGCCGGAAGCCUUCUCAUUGUGCUUCUCCCCGCUAUCGGCUGGGUGCUCUUCAACAUCCUCAAGCCCGCCCUGAACCAGCUUGACAAGAUGAAGGGUGCUCGCGGCAUCGCUGCCACCGCUGGUCUCGGUGCUGCUGCCGGCGCUCUCCUCGCUCCCGAGCAGGCCGAUGCCGCCCAGCAGAUCGCUCAACUCGCCGACUCCGACAACCGCGCCGGAGCCCUUCUCAUCGUCCUCCUCCCCGCUCUCGGCUGGGUGCUCUUCAACAUCCUGAGGCCCGCCCUGAACCAGCUUGACAAGAUGAAGGGCAAGAAGGGUGUCGCUGCCGCUCUUGGCCUUGGUGCCGCUGGUCUCCUCGCUGCUCCUCACGCCGAGGCCGCUCAGCAAAUCGCGGAGCUCGCCGACUCCGACAACCGCGCCGGAGCCCUUCUCAUUGUCCUCCUCCCUGCUCUCGGCUGGGUGCUUUUCAACAUCCUGCAGCCCGCCCUGAACCAGCUCAACAAGAUGAAGGGCAAGAAGAGCGUCGUCGGCGCGCUUGGCCUGGGUGCCGCUGGUAUGCUGGUCGCUCCCCACGCUGAGGCUGCUCAGAAAAUCGCGGAGCUCGCUGACUCCGACAACCGUGCCGGCGCUCUCCUGAUCGUGCUGCUGCCUGCUCUCGGGUGGGUGCUGUUCAACAUCCUGCAGCCCGCCCUGAACCAGCUCAACAAGAUGAAGUCGUCGAAGAGCGUCAUCGGUGCUGCCGGCAUUGGUGCCGCCGCUACCGCUCUCCUGGCUGCUGCUCCCGCUGAAGCCGCCCAGCAGAUCGCUCAACUUGCGGACUCCGACAACCGUGCCGGUUCCCUUCUCAUUGUCCUCCUCCCUGCUCUCGGGUGGGUGCUUUUCAACAUAUUGAGGCCAGCCCUGAACCAGCUGGACAAGAUGAAGGGCAAGUAA